AUGUUUAAGCUUAAAUAUCUAUUUUCUCGUUACAGGGGGAAUAACCUUACGGGAACAAUCCUGGAUAUCUCGUACAACCAGAUUACUGGGGAAAUUCCUUAUAAUAUUGGUUUCUUGCAAGUGGCCACAUUGUCACUUCAAGGUAACAGGCUUACAGGGAAGAUUCCUGAAGUUAUUGGUCUAAUGCAGGCUCUUGCAGUUCUGGAUUUAAGUGAGAAUGAACUGUUUGGUCCAAUUCCACCAAUACUUAGCAAUCUGUCUUACACAGGGAAAUUGUACUUGCAUGAAAACAAGCUUACCGGAAAAAUUCCCCCAGAACUGGGGAAUAUGUCAAAAGUUAGCUAUUUGCAGCUGAAUGAUAAUGAGCUGGUUGGUGGAAUUCCUGCAGAACUUGGAAAAUUGGAAGAACUGUUUGAAUUUCCCAAGGCAUCGAAACAAGAUGCCUUGGGAAAUUCACUGGAGAACCGGAUUUCACUGGAGAACUGUUCUCCAGUGGAGUUCUGUCUCCCUCCACUCAAACUCUCAUCUCUUUCCUUCUUCGAUACUCUCUAUGCCUCGCUUUCUCUCCCUCUUUGUUCUUUUUGUUUUCCUUGUUCUGGUGAGAGAACUCCACUGGACAACCUGAUUUCACCGGGAAGCCUUUUGCCAGCCCUUCCAAGGAGUUGCUCUACUUCUUCUGUUGGAAAAACCAGGACCAUCAAGCGUUUUGUUUACGAUGAAGGAAGAAAGAGAAGAUGCGGAGUCUCAGAAAUCAUCUGCGGAGAGGAGGCCGAAUAAGAGGCAGUCUUUGGGAGACUGGACACUCUUUUCGGAAGAACCUUCAAGACUUACAAAUUCAAAGCACUUGUGAACCUCUCCAUCUCCCGCCUUGCCAUCCUCAAGAACCAGCGUGGAUUUCCUUUAUUGCGUUUGUUUGAAUACAGGACACCAUUGUACUGUUGCCCUCUGUUUUUUGUUUUUUCGUCCUCUAUUUUUUGUUUUGAUCAACCUUUUUAUUUGUUUGAGUAUAGAGAGGCACUAGCCGUUUUUUAUCACCCCUUUGGACGUGCAUUAUGAUCCACUGACCUUUGUAUCAGAGGCCACCCUAUACAGUGGAAUCCACCACCGUCUUUGCUGUAGAUGGGUCUUGUGCAUGUAGACGUAAGAGGAAUUGAUUUGUUAAAAUUGAAGGGGGU